AUGGCGAGCUUUGAAUCCUUCAUCCAAGGUCUCUUCAUCGUCAUCAACAUCUUCUCCAUCUUCUUCCUCCAAUUUCUCCCCAACCGCUUCAUCUCCCUGUACCGCCGCCACCGCCAGCAAAACUCAACCACCAUCCAAGGCCGCCGCCACUUCAUCGCUGGAGCCCAAACCUUAGCCCAAGCCCGGUCCCAAUCCCCUCCCUCCCAAACCCUAAUCAAAUCCUCCAUCUCCUCCGUUGACCUCGCUAUUGCCCUCGAACCCCGCGAUGCCGCUCCCCACAUCUUCAAAGCCCUAGCUCUAAAUCUUGAGGGUCACAAGAUUCCUGCUCUCAAAUCCCUCGAUGUUGCCCUUUCUUCUCCUCAAUUGAAAACCCUAGGGCCUAAGGAGAAGGCUGAUGCUUUGAUUAAGAGAGCGGAAGCGGAGUUGAGUUUGGGGAGGAGGAGGAGAGUUGAUCAGGCGAUUGAGGAUUUGACGGAGGCGAUGGAGAUUGGGGAGAGGAGUGGGAAGGGAUUGGGAUUGCUUGGAGAGUGUUAUGAGUGGAAGGGGAUGAUAUAG